CUACCCCAUAGACCUAGUCAAAAGUAGUGCACUACUUAGGGAAUAGGGUGCCAAUUGAGACACAGGCUUAGAAAUUAAGGUACUGUCCUGUCUCAUAAUGAAUGUUCUGUACUGUCUCAUAAUGAAUGUUCUGUACUGUCUCAUAAUGAAUGUUCUGUACUGUCUCAUAAUGAAUGUUCUGUACUGUCUCAUAAUGAAUGUUCUGUACUGUCUCAUAAUGAAUGUUCUGUACUGUCUCAUAAUGAAUGUUCUGUACUGUCUCAUAAUGAAUGUUCUGUACUGUCUCAUAAUGAAUGUUCUGUACUGUCUCAUAAUGAAUGUUCUGUACUGUGUCAUAAUGAAUGUUCUGUACUGUCUCAUAAUGAAUGUUCUGUACUGUCUCAUAAUGAAUGUUCUGUACUGUCUCAUAAUGAAUGUUCUGUACUGUCUCAUAAUGAAUGUUCUGUACUGUCUCAUAAUGAAUGUUCUGUACUGUCUCAUAAUGAAGGUUCUGUACUGUCUCAUAAUGAAUGUUCUGUACUGUCUCAUAAUGAAGGUUCUGUACUGUCUCAUAAUGAAUGUUCUGUACUGUCUCAUAAUGAAGGUUCUGUACUGUCUCAUAAUGAAUGUUCUGUACUGUCUCAUAAUGAAUGUUCUGUACUGUCUCAUAAUGAAUGUUCUGUACUGUCUCAUAAUGAAUGUUCUGUACUGUCUCAUAAUGAAUGUUCUGUACUGUCUCAUAAUGAAUGUUCUGUACUGUCUCAUAAUGAAUGUUCUGUACUGUCUCAUAAUGAAUGUUCUGUACUGUCUCAUAAUGAAUGUUCUGUACUGUCUCAUAAUGAAUGUUCUGUACUGUCUCAUAAUGAAUGUUCUGUACUGUCUCAUAAUGAAGGUUCUGUACUGUGUCAUAAUGAAUGUUCUGUACUGUGUCAUAAUGAAUGUUCUGUACUGUCUCAUAAUGAAUGUUCUGUACUGUGUCAUAAUGAAUGUUCUGUACUGUGUCAUAAUGAAUGUUCUGUACUGUCUCAUAAUGAAGGUACUGUACUGUCUCAUAAUGAACUAAUUGACUAGAUAUAGGAGGUCAAUGGCUGCAUCUCAACUCACACCCUAUGCCCUAGGGAACAGGGCGCCAUCUCAAAUCACACCCUAUACCCUAGGGAACGGGGCGCCAUCUCAAAUCACACCCUAUGCCCUAGGGAACAGGGCGCCAUCUCAAAUCACACCCUAUACCCUAGGGAACGGGGCGCCAUCUCAAAUCACACCCUAUGCCCUAGGGAACGGGGCGCCAUUUGAAAUCACACCCUAUACCCUAGGGAACAGGGCGCCAUCUCAAAUCACACCCUAUACCCUAGGGAACGGGGCGCCAUCUCAACUCACACCCUAUGCCCUAGGGAACGGGGCGCCAUCUCAAAUCACACCCUAUACCCUAGGGAACGGGGCGCCAUUUGAAAUCACACCCUAUACCCUAGGG